GCGGACCUCUGCACGGAGUGGAACAAAAUUGAAAAACUAAAAAGAGUACAGUCCGCGGAAAACAUUCAAUAAAUAGAAAUAUAUAUGCAUAUAUACAUAUGUAUAUAUAUAUUUAUAUAUAAUCUAAUUUUCUCAUAUAUAACCUAUAUAUAUUUUUGCCUGUAUAUAUAUGCGCGCAAAGUAUAUGUAUUAGUGUACGCGAAAGAAAUACGAUUUUCAACUAAAAAUAGUGCCUUAAUUUUCAAAUUUUCAAAAAAAAAUCAAAUUAUAAUUUCUAAAUAACGACAACGCCAAUAAACGACGAAUAUUUGCUAACUUUUCAAUCCAAUCAAUAAAUAUUAAUAAUAAUAAUAUCAUUUUAAACACACACACACGCACGCAUGUUUGAGUUAACAGUUUAAAGAUAAUUGUAAAAUACAACAAAAAUUAAUCGCAACGGCCAAGCCAAAGUAAUUUGAUUAGAACGUAUUGAAGGAAAUCGAAAGAUGACUUUCACGCGAUUAAAAACUCUGACAUUGCUCGUGUGUACGUUACUGGCACUGAGUUUUCCCGGAUAUGUGAAUUGCGCUAACAAGAAAGGAUCGCAGCCAGCGGCGGCGCCGCUCGAGCCAGAGGCCGUCAUCGAGGAGGUCAAUGCCAAGCAGUUGGAGAAGCUCUUGGCCGACAAGGAUUACGUUGCCGUUUUCUGGUAUGCGCGUAGCUGUGUUACCUGUGAUAAGGUUUUAGCGGAGCUCGAAAAAAUCGACGAUGACACCGAUUCAUUUGGUGUGGACUUUGUGAAAAUUAACGACAAACGACUAGCCAAACAAUAUGGCAUCAAGACCUUUCCGGCGCUCACCUAUUUCAGGGAAAAGGAGCCCAUCAUCUAUGAUGGCGAUCUAAUGGACGAGGAGGGCGUGCUCGAUUUUCUCACCUCGCUGGAGGCCAUGGAUCUGCCCGAUCGCAUCGAGGAGGUUAACGCCAAGAUAUUGCUUAAGAUUAUCGAGGAUACCGAUUUUGUUGCCGUCCUAUUCUGUCCUGAUCAUGAAACAUGCCCACCCAGGGUAAUGGAUAAACAGCAAUGCCGCAAAUGCGCCAAGGCCUUGCAAGAAUUGGAGAAUAUCGACGAUGAGGCCGAUCAACUGGGCAUCGGUUUUGUGAAAAUACACGACGAAGCAUUGGCCGAUGAAUACAACCUGGGCAAUCUGCCGGCAUUGGUCUACUAUCGCCAUCAGACUCCGAUCAUCUAUGAAGGUGAGCUGCAGCGCGAGGAGGAUGUCUUGGAGUGGUUGGUGCAAAAUAAAUCGACCGGCGAUGAGGACGAUGUUAUCGAGGAUGUCACCACCAAGACGUUAUCGACGCUCAUAAGCAAUAUCGAUAAUUUGGUUGUGCUGUUCUAUGAUCAUGGCAAUGAUGAUUCGAUGACCGUAUUGGAAGAGCUAGAACAAAUCGACGAUGACUGCGAUAAGCAUGGCAUACAAUUUGUGAAAAUCGACGAUGCCAAGGCGGCAGCCGAUUACGGAAUCGAUUCGAUUCCGGCAAUUGUAUACUUUGAAAAAGAAAUUCCAAACGUUUACGAUGGCGAUCUCAUGGAUGAGGAACAGAUACUGAAAUGGUUGUUGGGACAGUUGGAACGUGAUGAAAUCGAGGAUGUCACCGAUGAAAUGCUCGAUACAAUGAUUAAAGAAGGACGCGUCAUUGCAGUGCUGUUCUACGACAACAACGACAAGAAAUCCCAAAAGGUGCUCGAAGAACUUGAGAACAUUGACGACGAAUGCGACGCAUUGGGCAUUACUUUCGUGAAAAUCGACAAUCCCGAGGAGGCCGUUGAAUAUGGCAUCAAUAAAGUUCCUAAACUGAUAUACUUUGAAAAAGGCAUUCCAACUAUAUACGAAGGCAAUCUGGAGGAUGAGGAGAAGCUAUUAAAAUGGCUCGAAGAACAAACUAGUUCCGAUCAAAUUGAAGACAUUACCGAUGAAAUGUUGGAUUUGAUCAUUGAGAAAAUGCCCCACGUUGCUGUGCUCUUCUAUGACAAAGAUCAAAAGAAAUCACAGAAAGUUCUCGCAGAACUGGAAAACAUUGACGAUGAGUGCGAUCAGAACGAUAUCGCUUUCGUGAAAAUCGACGACGAUAAAGAAGCCAAAGAAUGGGGUAUCGAUGAGAUACCCUCGAUUGUGCUCUUCGAACGUGGUAUUCCGCACAUCUACGAGGGUGAUCUAAUGAAAGAAGAUGAGCUGCUUGGCUGGCUGGUGCAUCAGAAGCGUUAUUCCGAAAUUCCCGAGGUUACCGACGAAAUGAAGGACAAAUUGGUCGAGAAUACCGAGCACUUGGCAGUCAUAUUCUAUGACAAGGAAGACAAGCAGGACAUGCGCAUCCUGAACGAACUGGAGAACAUUGACGAUGAACUCGAAAAGGAGGGCAUUGUCAUUGUGCGCAUCGAUAAUGCCGCCGAGGCCAAGGAAUACGGUCUCGAUCAUUUGCCCGCGCUGAUUUACUUUGAGAACAAGAUACCCGCUCUGUACGAGGGUGAUCUGAUGAACGAGGACGAGGUCCUUGAGUGGCUGGUGGUGCAGAAGAAAACGGCGACCAUCGAAGAGGUCACCGAUGAGAUUCUCGUCAAUCUGAUCAAUGAGCAUGAAUAUGUUGUUGUAUUCUUUACGGGUCCCUGCGAACCGGGCGAGUCCUGCGACCAUACACUGAACGCAUUGGAAAGCAUCGACGAUGAGCUAGACGAGGCCGGCAUUAUAUUUGUUACCACUGAGGAUACCGGCGUCGCCAAGAAAUACAAUGUCAAAUCUUAUCCACGAUUGGUGUUCUUCAGAAAUCGUGAUCCAUUGCACUUUACGGGCGAUCUGGAUGACGAGGACGAGGUCUUGGCUUGGAUCACCGAUGACGAAACCCUCGAGAUUCCCGGAAAAAUCGAGGAGGUCAAUGUGAAAAUGUUGGAUAAAAUUUUGGCAGAAAACGAUCAUGUUGUCGUGUUCUUCUACGCCGAGGGCGAUAAGAAGGCACAGAAGAUCCUCAACGAAUUGGAGAACAUCGAUGACGAAUGCGAGGAAAAAGACAUCGACUUUGUAAAGACAUCCGAUGACGAUAUUGAUAAGGAAUACGAUUUGCCCGGUUUGCCGGCGCUUGCAUUUUAUAGACAUAAGUUUAGAACAAUUUACACCGGUGAUCUGAUGAAGGAAGAGGAAAUUCUGGAAUGGGUUAUCGAUUUGCAUGAGUCGACUGCCGAUGUUAUCGAAUCGGUCGAUCGCAAAACGCUGCAAGUGUUGAUCAACGACGUGGAACAUCUCGCUGUUUUCUUCUACGACGAUGAGUGUGAGACGUGCCCCGGCAUCUUGGAAGAAUUGGAGAAUAUCGAUGACGAUACCGAUAAACAUGGCAUACAGUUUGUCAAAUCGAAUGAUGUUAAGCUGGCCCAUGAAAUUGGCAUUUUCGCAUUCCCAGCCUUAGUCUACUACGAGACAGGCGUUCCGAUCAUGUAUGAUGGUAAUCUCAAAAAUGAAAAUCGUGUGCUGCAGUGGUUAAUCAAUCAAAAGAGCAACGAUGACGAUGGAAGUGAUGAGAAAAUUGUUAAAUUGAGCUAUCCAAAAGAAAGUGAUGCGGAUAAAAGAGAAAAACUAAAACGUCUGCAACAAACGAUACGAAAAGAACGAUUACGAAAACAUUCGCGCGAUGACGAUAAUAAUGGCGAUGACGAUGACGAUAAAAAUAAGGACGACAAUGACGACGACGACGACGACGAUGACGAUGACGAUAAAGACGACGAUAAUAAUGAUAACGAAAAAGAUGAUGACAAUGACGAUGAAGAUGACGAUGAGAAUGGAGACGAUGAAAACGGAGACGAUGAUGAAGACGAGGACGAGGACGAUGACGAGGACGAUGACGAUAACGACAAUGAAAAUGAUGAUGAUAACGAUGAUGAAAAUGACGAAGAUAACGAUAAUGACAAUGACGAGGACGAGGACGACGAUGAAAAUGAUGAAGACGAUGAUGAAGAUGAGGAUGGAAACGAUGACGAAGACGACGACGACGAGAACGACAACGAUAAAGAUAAUGACGAUGACGAAGACGAAGACGAUGAAGACAACGACGACGAAGACGAAGAGGACGAGGAUGAAAACGAUGAUGAAGAAGACGACGAGGACAUAAAAGACGACAAAGAUGAUGACGAUGAAGACGAUGACGAAAAUGACAAAGAUAACGACAAUGAUGACGACGAUGACGAUAACGACGACGAUGACGAUGACGAUGACGAUAAUGAUAACGAUGACGACGAAGAAGAAGAUAUCAGCAAGCAAAUAUAUAAGCACAGAGCUAAAGGCAGAACGAUACAUCGGCUUUCUGAUCUAUGCUCGGGUGAUCUUAUAGAUGAAAUAGAUGACGAAUGUUUCUAUGUUGGAUUGGGUCACGACGGCCAUUCAGCUAAGCGCGGCAACAGUUAUGUGCCCAACGAUUACAAACCAUUCCAAUGCUGUCCAACCAAAUUGGAGAAGUCAACCAAAGUUCCUAAAAUGACGGCCCAACGCAUCGGACACAGCGAUGGUGAAUCGAGCAAGCGUCAGGGCGGCAACUUUAAAUUUGCCUCCGCAUCGAGCACUCCAAUUAAACCCACAGCCAAGCCCGUUGCCCAAAAGAAGCAGUCCAAGCGCGAUGAUGAUGAUGACGACGACGACGACGAUGAUGAUGAUGAUGUGCCCCUGGUGAAGGUGUCGUAUGCGAACAAGCGUUCCGGCCAAGCGUCCAAGAAACCCCUGACCAAACUGCAGCAGCAGGAGGAGGAUGAGUCCAUUGAGCUGGAGAAGACCAAAAAAUCGUCCAAGAAGUCGGGCAAUAAGCUGAACGUUAAAACCGGCAUUAAUUUUUUCCAAAAUCGACUAAAAAAUUUGUAUGACCUCAUUUUUCAGGAUAUCUCUCUGUGGGAGUAAGGCAACAAUUUUAAACUGAAUGUUAAAUAUAUAGAAAACAAAAGCAAUUCGAAUGAUUGUAUGAUUCAGUGAUAUGCAAUAAUUAAAGUAGCACGUAUACGCACUGUUGUCAUGUUGCCAAAAAGCAAAUGCAAUUAAGUUAAUCAAAUACCAAGAACAAGAACAAGAUCAACAACAACAGCAACAAAGCAAAGCACGCAUAAAUCUAAGAUCUAAGAACUCUCUGCUGUAAAAAACCUUGAACAACGGGUUACUAUCUAUAAUUAAUUAUCAUUAAUUAUAUACUUUAAUAAACUGUAAUGUGUGAUUUUGUUUGUGAUUGUCAUUAUCAUAAUUUGUAAGUGCAACAUGCAUCCGAAAAGACAACAACAACAGCAACAACAACUUAACUCAGCAGGUUGUGUAAUUAAUACUAAAAAACAAAAACAAAAACAAAGCCUUAAGCUACACUGCCCAACAGAAAUGAGUUUAUUUUUUUGUCGGCCAAAUGCGUUACUUUAAUAUUAAAUAUUACUCAAACGACAACCGAUCAAAUGAAAAUGUUUAAAACGAAUUUCUUGGAAAAACCCAAACCAAAAGCAAAACUUUUGGAAAGAAAAACGAACUGUUACUCUUUGUUCCACACGUAACUGCAGCGGUUAGGGCAGGUUAUAUGCCAACUGGCCAGCCUUAUUGUUAAUUAACAAUAACAACUAACGUUGGCUACGCAACUCAAAACUACAAUUAACUAAUUCACUUAACGUAACUUUUGGUACUUUUGCACUUUUGACAAUUUUCCUGUCGAGGCUGCCUGUCUGUAAAACUGAAACUCAAACCACAACUAAAAACUAAAUUUGUUGCAUUUUGUCAAUGGAUUUCAAUUGCGCCAACAAAACUUUGUUCAAAUUUAAAGCAAUUACUGCAACAACAAAACUUACUAUUAACACACGCACACACACACACACACGCACACACUCGAAUAUAUGACCAACUUUUCAGAAUUUCAGGUAUAUAUUUAGCUAAAAAAUAAAAUAAAAACGAUUCGUAAUUAACAAUACAUAAAAAACCAACACAAAAAAUUGUCAAUAACUGAGCAUAAACUUUUUGAUACUACUUACUACUUUUAUUUUGUUACAAUAUACAAUUUACAUUUAUGUAUGUAGCUAGUAUAAACACAAAACAAAUAAAUAUUUUUUAAACAAUUUUACAAUGAGAGAGAAGCGCAAACUACAAUACAACUAAACUAUUUACAUAGCUAACCGUAAAGAGCCAAGCAUAUAUAUUUCAUAUAUCUCAUAACUAAACUUAUAUUCUUUGUUGUUGUCGCAAUUAAAACAAAAGCAAGCAAGCGCAAUAUCUAAAAUAUAAAAAAUAUAAAAAAAUACUCGCUUAUAUUCAUCAUACAGUUCGUAUACUUAAUAUUAUGAGUGGCUGUCAAAUCUUUCGCUAGAUUUGCAACACUGGCCUCGCAAAAUGCUCGCCAUAUUGUUUUUUUUCUCUCGUCUCUUCUCUCUUUUCUGAGCGCCCGUUCGGCUCGGCUUGGCUCGACUCGGCUCGGCUCACUGUUAGCGAUUUGUUAUCGAUAUUUGCAAAAUAUCGAAUUCUAAUUUUAUUUUCCUUAGCUUAUCUUGUAAGCCUUUUGUCACUGAGAGUCACAUUUCUUUUGUAAGAAUUUUUAAAAUAUUUGUUGUUGAACAGCAGCUGUAAAGAUUAAAAAAAAAAAUACAAAAUGAAGCAAAAUAAAAGAAAAACUCAAGCAAAAUGUA